GAGGAGUUUGACUUUGUCUCCAACGAAAACGGUGACUGCAAACUAGUUGAACCACUGUGCAAAGCACUUUUUGGAUGGCAAUAGAAGUUACUUGAACUGGAUUCACAAGGUCCCAAACUACCUCGUGUUUCUGCUGUACCUUUCAACCAAGGAAAAUCGCCGUUCAUUGGAGCUGAAAACUCGUUUUGAGGGGUCUUGAGGGAACUCUCGUUGGUUGCCUUUCUUUUGCGCAAGUGUGCCGACUUUAGAGCCUCCCGAACAACGAGACUCGUAUGAUCCAUACUACACAAUAUACUUUAUUUCUUGUAUCUGUAGGGUCAAGUUACAAUCCUUGAUAAGAAAGUAGCUACAAGAUCAACUAUCAUCAACGGUCCCACCACUCAGUCCCCCCACCCAUCUCUCUCUCUCUCUCUCUUCGUUCUCCUCUUCUACUUUCUUUCUCUUUCGAAGAAAAUCGAUCAUUUAGGCACGUGCCAUACACGUGUCCGAUCCUUCUAGUAUGCAUUGAUGUCUGAGUCCAUCAUUUUGAAGAAUAACAUAGGCAAAGGUUUCAUAUUCACAGUUUCAAUCUAUGUAGGUGAUAAAUGACGUAAACUGUAUAUAUAGGAAGGAUCACACACCGAUGGAUAAUUUUGUCAAAUGUGUUUGGUUCACCACUAUAUCGAUGAAAAUGGUGUUUCUUAUUAUGGUUUCGACGCUUUUUGGAGAUGGUUAUUAGCAGGUUGUCCUAAAAACCCUAGUCAAGAAGAAAUAUUACGUCGGAGUCGAAAGUCAAACCAGUUUGGACGACCUUCUUCCUCCAAUACUUCACAACAAAGAGCUUCCAGUACCGACCUCCAUGCGUGGCGUGUUAUGGCAGAAGACUAUUAUCCUGGAAGGAAAAGCCAAGAAACUACGGACGCGGUGGAACUGGAACAACGGAGAAGUCUCAGUAAAACCGAAACCGAACGGCAACAAUUGUUGAUCAAUCAAGAAGAUGGCAAUGUCUGAAAUUGAGAAAAGUGGUGAACAAGAGUUGAUAUUUCGUAAGAUGAAAACAACUAGUAAUAACUAGAUAUAUUCCGUCGUAGAGAUACUACAAUUGCUAUUACAGAAUAAAUACUACACAGUUGAUAAAGAAGCAUGUUGAGAAAUCCAAUUUGUCCACAGUGUACAAACCGAAAUGAAAUUUCAUUGGCUGAUCGUAAUUCUUCCUUGAGCUAUAAAUAGACAAAUCCAAAC